AUGGCGCAGAUUCUGUUGCAUGCCAACUAUAUUUGGCCUGAAGUCGCGUACGUUCCAGUGUCAUCGAAUCACUUGAUGGCGCUGCUCGGGUUUUGCCCGAGUCGAUCGAGCGUCGGCCACAACCACACAACCCACGCAGGGGACCACCAUGGGUCGACGGGGGAAAGCGGUCACAAGGUCGUUGAAAAGUCCACGCGGGUGCAGACGCUGCUUCGUGUGGCAUCGAACGUGAUUGCAAGCAUGCUCCUGUUUUUGCCCAUGUUGACCCUGGCCGUGCUCAUCUACCAGGGCAUGUACAACCGACUGAUUGUAUCCCACAACUUUCAAACGACUGCCAUGUACUGGAACAACUACAGCCAGUCGUGUGAGUUGACUCAAGCGGGGUGGGUGGCCGACUCAUGCGACAGCAUGUCAUCCAAGGCCACGCCGGCGACCGCAUGGACGUCGAUUGGCACAGUUCUAGCGACCCAGUGGGCACAGGAAAUCGCGGACGCUGGGGGGACUCUAAAAGUGACGACGUGCGCGGUGGGAGGCACCGACGCCGUGGGGUGGGGCAAUCUCCAAUUCAUCGGGGGAUACGACGCGUACCCAGCAUGCAUCCCGACGGCGCCUCAGGACAUUGCAGGCAUCGCGAUGCUGGAAUCCACGAUCCGCCCUGCACAGCCAAAUGGCGUGUACAUGCUGACCUUGUACGCGGACAUGGACUCGACGAUGACGGUGAUGAGCUAUCAAAACUCGGACGGCACUGCCCAAAACGUCAUGGCGAACCCGAAGCGGACCCUCAUUGCCAUGGACGGACUUGUCACGCCAGAUCCUUCGGGCGAAAACAACAUCAUCUAUUCUCGCCCACUCGGUGAACGGUACCUGGUCACGGGCUACUGCGUUCCUCAAAUCGAAGAGCUGAGCGUCGCCAAAACCGACAACAAUUUGCCGGGGUGGAGCCAAGGAAAGCAUUCCAAACACCCCGUGACGACGGCAUGGGCGUGCGGCCAUCGAGUGUCCAACUGGAAAGAGCUCGUCGCGUUGCAAAUGAUUUGCUCCCUGGCCACGAUGGCCUUGUUCGCGGGCGAUAUUUACAUCACGGUGGAAGGGUUUCGCGGAGUGCUGCAGGGCAAGCCCGUGCUCACGUACGCCGUCCUGGCGGGGCUCGAACGACGCAAGAUGCUGCUCGUGGCCGUCGUCGUCAAUUGCAUGCCAGGGCUCUUGUACAUGGACGUGUCCCGCAUCUACUUUUUCACGACGAACGGGUAUCGAAUUUGGUGCUUGGCGAGCGUCAUGAUGGCGAGCUUCUUUGCAUUCGGGGUCGUUCUCGUUCUGAGGUACCAGGGGCUUCCAGCGUCAUUGACUUCAUGUAGCGAAAUCAUGACGGACUGGCUGUGCAGCUUCCUGGACGCAGCAGUCACGUGCCGCCUGGAAUACGUCGUGGGGUACUCGGCGCCGCUCUUUCUCCACGGCGCCAUCGUCGCGACUACGACGGCGUCUUGCAUCCCGGCUGUAUUUGAGUUCGUCUACAACAAGAUCUACGCGGCCAAGCCUGCCUUGACUGUCGAGCUGUUUGGACAAGCCUGGCCGUGCGGGUCAUACACGGUCGAAGGGACGCCAGCCGUCAUGACGUACUUGAUCUGGGAGAUUCUCCAUCCGUUGAUCGCGUCGUUCGUGGCCGCCGUUGUUGUCGCGGCUCUGCUCCACAAGUACCAUCACCACAGCUACCUCACCCACGUCACGUGGUGCCAGUCCAACGCAUUCCUUCGACAUGCCGGUGUUCCCAAUUGGAUCACGUCGCUGCCGCUGGAACAGACCAACGCAAUCAAGAUUGGGACGAAAGUGUUUUGCAAACCAAGCACCCAAGCUCUCAUGGGGUAUUCGUCGCUCGUCGCGCUACGACCGCAAGCCUCCACAUUCAAGUCCGUACAACCCGAUCAUGGAGCUCCUGCAGGUUCACAUUCACAAGGCGUGUUCUAUGUGGUCAGUAUCUACGCCCUGCUCCCGUCGACAGUUGUCCCUUGGCUGUGUCAGCACCAUGGAACAAUUGAGCACUACCAGUUCACACCAGCACAUGGUCACUCCCGUCUGGCGCCUGACAAAGCGGCGACGUACGUCCAUAGCCGCGGUGCAUGUACCGUCUAGGUAGUAUAAUGGCCAAUGGCGCCGCCAUCAAACAUGAUGCCGUUCGCAAAGGGCGAAUUCUGUAGUUGC